AGAAGUGUCGAUGACAAUUGCGAAUUGCGAAAGCAUCUGCAUCACUGGAGAAGCACACAAGAAGAACUAACAAGAAGAGAAUAAGAAUAGGAGAUCUUCGCUGAGGUUGCAUUUUCGCCUUUUGGAUUCACAAUGGAGUACAGGAAAAUCAAGGAUCAGGAUAAAGAUGGGGAUGCAGGUGAAGCCGAUAUAGAAAUUUUGCGUGGCAAGCCUCUUUCAGUUCCAGUGCAUAACAUGGCUGCCUUGGUGAGCUCAAGUGAUCGGUCUAAAUGGAAGAUUAAGUCAAUGGUUACAAUUGCAUUAACUGUUCUUACGAGUUCACAGGCAAUAUUAAUUGCCUGGUCUAAAAGAGCUGGAAAGUAUGAGUACAGUGUGACUACUGCAAACUUCUCGGUGGAGGCUUUGAAAUGUGCAAUUUCACUUGCUGUCUUGUUAAGAAUUUGGAGAACUGAGGGUGUUACUGAAGAUAACAAAUUGAGCACAUCAUUGGAUGAGGUUAUUGUUUACCCUAUUCCUGCAGCACUUUACCUUGUUAAGAACUUACUUCAGUAUUACAUCUUUGCAUAUGUGAAUGCUCCAGGAUACCAGAUACUGAAGAACUUGAAUAUCAUCAGCACUGGUGUGUUAUACCGUAUUAUUCUAAAGAAAAAGUUAAGUGAGAUUCAGUGGGCAGCUUUUAUUCUGUUAUGUGCUGGAUGCACCACAGCACAACUUGAUUCUUCUUCUGAUCGUGUUCUUCAAACUCCUUUUCAAGGUUGGAUGAUGGCCAUUGUAAUGGCACUUCUAAGUGGCCUUGCAGGAGUGUACACAGAGGCUAUAAUGAAAAAGCGUUUGUCAAGAAAUGUCAACGUGCAGAACUUCUGGUUAUAUAUCUUUGGGAUGUUGUUCAAUGCUAUUGCAAUAUUAGUUCAAGAUUUUGAUGCAGUCAUGAACAAGGGAUUCUUCCAUGGGUACUCAUUAAUUACAACUUGCAUGAUUAUCAAUCAUGCAUUGAGUGGUAUUGCUGUAUCAAUGGUACUGAAAUAUGCAGAUAAUAUUGUGAAGGUCUAUUCUACUUCGGUGGCUAUGCUUUUCACCGCUGUCGUAUCCGUCUUUCUUUUUGGGUUUCAUCUUUCCCUUGCCUUCUUCCUUGGCUCAACGGUUGCAUCUGUGUCAGUAUAUCUGCACUCUAUUGGGAAGCUGCAAAGAUAGUGUUAUCACCACUUUUUUUCUGCCCAAGUCAAUCUUUUGCUAUCUGUAUUCAAAGUUUUUACAUUAUACCUGUAUUUUUCUUAGUCUUUUUUUUUUUCUCUUUCCAUUGGUUUUCUCAUCAUAACCAUUUGAGGUGCCUGUUUACAUGGUCAUUGGUGCAAUUUUUAUUAAAAGUAAUUCAAGGAUGAUAAAAUCUGCCUGUUUAGGUAUUCUAAUCCAAUAUGAAGCAACUUA